GAAAAAGAAGCUCAUUUUCUCCUCCUAACAGGUGUUUGUUUGAUGAGAAGUCUGGUUCUGCGGGUAAAUGGUUCAUAUUUGAGCUCUUAAGCUGUAAAAGUCGAGUCAAACACGCUGCAGAUCACAACCCUGUUUCUGCAUGAGUCGGUACAGAGGACAGGUUUGGACAGUUUCAUAUCUGCUCUAAAACCCAAAAUGUGUCGAACAUUUACAGAACAGGUUAGUGAUUAACCUCCAGCAGCUGCUCACAGUCCCAGCUCACAGACAGACGGCGGUCAGCUCGGUCCUUCUGUCCGCUUCAUAAUGCUCUGUACCCGGACAUGGAGGGCUGUGAGCCUCCUGAGCAGGACAGCUCAGCUGUCUGCAGCAUGGAGAGGAGCUCAGGAAUACUCCUCUGCUGGGGCCAGGCUGGACCUGAGCGGGAUCUACCCUCCCAUCGGCACCCCAUUCACCGACAGAGAGGACGUGGACUACAAGAAACUGGAGGAAAACCUGCAGAAAUAUGCUCAGAUACCGUUCAAAGGUCUGGUGGUUCAGGGCUCCAAUGGAGAGUACCCGUAUCUGACGGAGGAGGAGCGGGUGGAGGUGGUGAGCACGGUCAGACGAUCUCUGCCUGCAGGAAAGCUGCUGAUGGCCGGAUCAGGAUGUGAAUCGACGAGAGCAACAGUCCAGCUGACGGAGAAGAUGGCCGCCGCUGGAGCAGACGCCGUCCUGGUGGUGACGCCCUGCUUCUACAAGGGAAAGAUGGACAGCCGCGCUCUGAUCCAACACUUCACCAAGGUGGCAGACAGCAGCCCAGUACCGGUCGUACUAUACAGCGUCCCAGCUAACACGGGCCUGGACCUACCGCUGGACGCCGUGGUGCAGCUCGCUCAACACCCCAACAUCCUUGGUCUGAAAGACAGCGGAGGAGACAUCACACGGAUCGGCCUGAUUGUUCACAAAACUAAGACGCAGGAUUUCCAGGUGUUGGCCGGCUCAGCAGGAUUCCUCAUGGCUGCUUAUUGUGUCGGUGCGGUUGGCGGCGUGUGUGCACUGGCUAACGUCCUCGGCCGGGAGCUGUGUGAGUUGGAGCGUCUGUGUGUGUCCGGUCGUUGGGAUGAAGCCAGAGUCCUGCAGCAGCGCCUCAUCGAGCCCAACGCCGCCGUAACCAGGAAGUUAGGAGUCCCCGCCCUCAAGCAGGCCAUGGAGUGGUUUGGUUUCCAUGGCGGCGCCUGUCGAUCGCCUCUUCAGCCGCUCACGGAGGCUGAGACGCAGCAGCUGAGGAGGGACUUCUCCUCCAACGGCUGGUUGUGAGAGGACUGUGAGUGUGAGUCAGUACGUUUACAUGCACCGUUAGCUAAACCAGGAUCUUUAGCUGGACUGGCUACGUGGCAACAUGCCUCCUUUAAGCUAUAACUGCUGAGGCUCGUUCCUGCUGACGAGUUUAGCCACACGAUGAGUUGAAACUCAACAGUCUGAAAGCCUGUCAUUUCACACCACUGAGACUGAAGGAGACAAUGCAUCGUUUCAGUAACUUAAAUUUAAAGAGAUUUAUUCUUAAGUUAUAGCACAAUAAAUCUGACUGGUACUUCAUAUGAACUGCAACUUUAUUGUCAUGGUAACACCUGGCAUUAGGCUGUGCUCAUCACUAAUUCAUUUGCUAUCGAUUUCAUAGAGUGGCAGCAAAAUUCCUCUGCACAUAGUCCAGCCCUGGGCACAGUUUAAGGCAUGUAGGGUGCUUGAUUCAGCGCAGGGCUUGAAAUGCAACAACUCAGGACUGGAAGGGGGGCUCAAGCUCAAACAGCCGAGGUCGGGGCUCGCAGAUGGCCUAGCGGUCUACAGCGCUAUCCAUGUAUGCGGGCGGCCCAGGAUUGAAUCUGGCCUGUGGCCCUUUGCCACAUGUCUCUCCUCACUCCCUCCAGUUUCCAGCUCUAUCACAUGUCCCCUCCUAUCAAAUAAAAGCAUAAAAAAACGCAAAAAUACAUCUUUAAAAAAAACCAAAAAUCCCCCCAAAAUAAGAGCCAAGUUCAAGCCUGACGGCAUCUUUUUGUCCAAGUCUUGUCACCCUGAGGGGUUUCAGGCCACGGGGCAUUCACAGUUUGACCGGGCGCUCGUGGCAACCCUGCUUCCUGCCCAAACGGUACUGUAGGCCAUGCUUACUCAUGGCAUCCACCCCUUACUCCACCUGCAAGGUGUGAACAAAGUCAUUUCUUCAACAGAUUACUUUCCCAUGCCCCUGGUAAUUUGCAAGGACAUCUAGAGCAUCACUGGAGUUGUGUCAAUCCUCCUUCCUGCCCCACAGCGCCCUCAGGUGGGCUUCCUCUCCACAUCACUUCAGCCUCAGUUUCUGGCCCAAACAUGCCUAAAGGUUCUGCGCAGCUCAGUCUUGCAGAAGAAGAUUAAUUUUGCAUGGACAAAUUCAGCUCCUGCAGCAUGAGUUUUUAUAUUUAAUAUAUAUUUAGUAAAGCGCUGCACGUCUCGCCUACUUGAUUGUGUGGACAGGAGUGUCUAGGGGCUGACAUUUCCUUGUGAAAAUUAAAAACUAGACAAAUGUAAUACAAGUAUUUGUUGGCAUUUAUAGCUUUUCAAAACAAGAGUUCCAUUUCCUUUUUAACAUUUAUCUGCAUGCAAAGUCUCUGUGACCAGCUGUCUGUGAUUUGAUCAGCUAAAUUAUGUUAAACAUCAUCAGACUCUUAAACUGGAGCUGCGAAGGCUUCUCUAAGACAGCUGCGGCGGUCGCCAGCAAGAAUCUGAAAUGUUCUUAUCACAUCAUGAUGCUAACAAACAUGACGAAAGCUUCACAGCUGAACAUUUCUGACAUGCUUUUCCUGUAGUUCAUCUUUCUAACUCAUGGUCACAUCUGAGGGCAGACGACAGAGUGACUUUUUCUAUGCUUAGCAUUUAAGCUGUUGGACCUAUAACCAGAUCAGACUAUAUAGAUUAUUGUGUUUAUUAUGUCCCUGUGUCAGACUUUGCUACAGAACCCUAGUCCUGACUGACAACACUGAGUGUGGUCCAGAACAGCCAGACACUGACAUCAUGAUGUUUCCUGGUGUCUUUGUGGAGGUCCAUUAGUCCAUAGGUGGUCUUAGAGGCAGGUCAAGGAGAGUCAGUCAUAGAUACAACAGAACACUGGUGGUCUUAGCUGUAAAGAGAAAAACAACCAAAGCAGAAACAGCUGUAGACUGUUAACAGGACAGUGUGGACUGGAUAUCCUUCAGAUCUGAGCUAGAAUGUGAUAACAUGUAAAAAAAAAUCAACCCAGUUAGCCUGGAUCACAUACGUGUGUUUCUGGUCAGGGCAGGAUGUCAAAAGAUGUAAAAAAAAACCUUCUGACAUGUGAGUUUUCCUGAAUCAGGACUUCCUGAAGCAUCACUGCUUAUGUUACAGUACAAGAGGAUUUGUCCUCACCAAAAACUACAACCAAACGACGCAGUUGGGUCAAAAUCUGGCUGAAACGGUGUCGCCUUUAGGCUUCAACGCCAGAGUAAACCUGGAGCAUGCUCAGAGUGUCUAACCUUGCAAAGCAGAUAGCUCCGCCCGUUUCUGUGUUUCUCACUGGUAAAUCCAUCUUGCAAAACUCCAAUCUGAACCGUUUGGGUCCAGUUUGAAAGUGACCCUCCCCCUUUAGCUAAAAGCAUCGAUAACGAGUGACCGAAAAAUAGAAAGCAUCCCUUUAAGUUAAAAGAGUCACAGAAUUACAGUAAAUGUCCAAAUAUUAGAUAUAAAACCCCACAGGACACCCAUAAUUCAUCAGUUCUUUGAAAAGCAUCUCAUAGCUUAAACUCGGCACAUUCUAACACUGGAACAAGACUUUAGUCCAGGAGGAACCUACAUAAAUAAAAUAAAUGCUUAUUUCCAGUGACACCAUACAGAGAUUUUUAUGAAGCCUACUGCAUCAUUUAAGCACACAAUAAUCCACCACUCCACUGUUUCAUUUCAGCUAUGGAUAGAUCGAUCAUCACAUCCCUGGUUGUGGAUUGCGGCUCUCACUAAACUAUUUUUACAACAAUGUGGCUCUUGGUUGGAAUAAGGUUGAGAACCGCUGGUCUAACACAACAACUCCACUCUGACUGCAUGUAAACGUACUGACUGUAUGUGUUUGUCCUUUCUUUAGCAGGAACCGAGUUACCGGGGCUGGAACAGCCUCAAAGAGAGCCACAGACUCAGUCAGCCUGGUUUAUCUGAGACUACGUUAAACUGAUGCUAAUUCAGUUUAGUUCAUAGAAACACAAAGCAAUCCUGUUUAGAAGAAUGCUUACACUCUCACUCUCAGAAGUGUGACAGCUUUUGAUCUGAAUUUAGUUUGAAUGAUUCUGCUUGAGAUCCUGAGUUGACUUAAACAGAUAUCGCUGUUCCAACGAAGGAAUCAAGCCGUGUCUUUAGUUAAAAUCAGCAGAUCUGCCGAUGUUAGCAGCGAGGGUCUAAAGAUUGUGUUGAAGGUAGAUAUAGAUGAUAUAGAGCCUAAAGAUUAUAUCAGCAGAAUGGUUUUUGUCCUGGUAUUGCACAUUUACACAGCAAAUUAAAAUACUUUUAAA